UAUUAACAGAUAGUGUUCGUAACGAUUAAAAUAUGCACAAGCUUUCAAUUUUAAACUGUUUUACAACCGAAAGAUUCUCCUGAUAAAUGAGAUUUUUUAAUUGAUUUAGACUGGUUUCAGAAAGUCUGAAGUAUUCCUUAUAUUUUUCAAUUCCAAAAACUAAGUUAUUUCGGAACACAACUUCUACCCGAAUUGUCAAAAGAUUGGAAUCAUUAUCCACACAAAUAAAUCGCAAGACUGCUGAUUGUUUGAAAACGUUGACACGGCAAAGCAUACUUUUUCAAACUUUAACCGUGCUUGAAACAAAUUUGAAUAUAUUUGAAUACAUCAGUGAAUUGCGCAUGGAAUACAGUUUAGCAGGUGUCGCCAUCUGCAUUUUGGCGUGAACCUAAAUUCCAGCAUGGCCGCUUCUGUCAAACACAAAUCGAACUGUCAGGCCGAUUCACCAUAAAAAUUGUCGAUGUGACCACGCUUUGUGGAGAUUUGAGGAACACCUUAGAUGCACCUAACAUCAGUUCUAUUAUUUUGGAGAUAGUGGAUGCCAUACUUGCUACAAGCAUGGAAAAAAGAAGUAGUGCCGAGCUCUUGAAUAUUGAAAAAAACAAUUCUAAGAAUGCAAGUUCAGAUUCUCUUAAUUCGGACAGUAAAAGCAGCUCACUCAACUCCAAAAUUGGACAAGAGUCGGAAUGUUGGGAUAAGGCAUCGCACUCAAAAAGCUUUUCAACAAGCUCGACGUCAACAGAUAAUAAUAUCGUUUCUGCUUUAGAAACAAAGAAAGAAAUUCAAGAGCAACGGAGUGAGAAUUUGUCUGGUAGCGACACGGGACCACCGCUGUUCAGUGGGGAACACGUGCAUGGACAAGCACGCGAAGUUACAUACCUUUGCCCAUAUUCAGGUCCUGCGAGAGGUAUACUUAGUGUAACGAAUUACAAGUUAUAUUUUAAAAGUAUAGAUCGAGAAACGCCUUACGUGGUCGAAGUACCUUUGGGUGUUGUCAGUCGAAUCGAAAAAGUUGGAGGUGCGUCCAGCAGAGGAGAAAAUUCCUAUGGGAUUGAAGUCUUCUGUAAAGAUAUGAGAAACCUGAAGUUUGCGCACAAGCAGGAAAAUCACUCCAGACGAAAUGUAUUUGAGAAAUUGCAACAGUACUCGUUUCCGCUUUCGCACAAGCUGCCACUUUUUGCUUUCCAGUAUUCCGAGACAUUUUCAGAAAAUGGCUGGAACGUUUACGAACCAAUCGCCGAACUCAAGAGAAUGGGAGUUAACAACGAUAUGUGGAAAAUAUCAAAAAUAAAUGACACCUAUUCGUUGUGCGAUAGCUACCCAGCCGUAUGGGCAGUACCAGCUGCGGCAACGGACGAAGAUUUGCAGGCUGCUGCGGCAUUUCGUAGCCGUGGUAGAUUGCCCGUUCUUUCUUGGAUUCAUCCGGAGAGUCAAGCUACUAUAACACGGUGUGCGCAACCUCUAGUCGGCGUUGGUGGAAAAAGGAGCCGUGAGGAUGAAAGAUACGUUCAACUUAUAAUGGACGCGAAUGCUCAAAGUCAUAAACUUUUUAUCAUGGAUGCCCGGCCUAGUGCCAAUGCAAUCGCCAACAAGGCAAAGGGGGGCGGUUACGAAAGCGAAGAUGCGUACCAAAAUGCAGAGCUUGUCUUUCUAGACAUACACAACAUUCACGUAAUGAGGGAGAGCUUGCGAAAGUUGAAGGAAUUGUGUUUUCCGGUAAUUGACGAAACGAGAUGGCUCUCUGGUAUAGAAUCGACGUAUUGGCUGAAACACAUUAAAUGCAUAUUAGCUGGAGCUUUGCGGAUAGUUGACAAAGUAGAAAAUCACAAAACGUCAGUAUUGGUCCACUGUUCUGAUGGUUGGGAUAGAACUGCCCAGCUUACGGCAUUAGCAAUGUUGAUGCUGGAUCCAUACUACCGAACAAUUCGAGGCUUUGAAGUCCUCGUAGAAAAGGAAUGGCUUAGCUUUGGACACAAGUUUCAACAAAGAAUCGGCCAUGGAGACGAGCAUCACAGUGAUGCCGAUAGGUCUCCAGUAUUUCUACAGUUCAUAGACUGCGUCUGGCAAAUAUCUCAGCAAUUUCCUAAUGCAUUUCAAUUCAAUGAACACUUUUUAAUUACCAUACUGGACCAUCUUUACUCAUGUAGAUUCGGUACCUUCCUUUUCAACAGCGAUCGAGAAAGGGUUCAAGAGCAGCUAAAACAAAGAACCGUAUCACUCUGGUCGUACACUAACAGUCAACUAUCUUUAUACCAAAAUCCACUGUACUGGGCAGGUCCACUGCAUCAGUUAGUACUAAUGCCAAUUGCCAGUAUGAGGCAUAUCAAAUUAUGGAAACGUCUUUACUGCAGGUGGAAUCCCAGUAUGAGGCAACAGGACCCUGUAUAUCAACGCACGCGGGAACUUCUCGUCCUAAAAGAGCAACUCGAAAAGAAGGUGGAAGAAUGUCGUCGUGAACAUGCGACACGGGCGAAUAGAUCGCUCACAUCACCAGCACCUCCAAGAAUACAUUCUCCAGUUCACUCAUAAUCCACCACCUAACUUUCCUUUCCUCCAUCACAAUUUUUUAAACGAUUCUUACGCUUCAACUACCUUCUUCAUGAAAUACUGAACCUCUGCACACAAUGGUGUGAGAUAUACACAUGGAACUACCACUUUGACUGAUACCCAUAGUGGCCAAUUUUCAAUCUUUAAAUUCAACUCUGACAUCUAACUUUGUAUAAAGUACGCGUUAACAAAUAAUAAAUUGUAGCUA